AUGUUUGAUGAUAGUGAUGACUCUGACGAGCGAAGGUCUUCCAUACCCUCUAGUUCACGACAAUCUUUCGAUCCCAAACCACAUUUGGUAACCAUCGUGAAGGCGAAUACAGAGUUUGGCUUCAAUGUAAAAGGUCAAAUUAGCGAAGGGGGCCAACUAAGAAGUUUAAACGGCGUGCUAUAUCCCCCGUUACAGCAUGUAAGUGCGGUACUGAUUGGAGGAGUAGCGGAAAGAGCAAAUUUACGGAAAGGCGACAGAAUCCUUGAAGUUAAUGGAGUGAACGUGGAAGGAGCAAACCAUCGACAAGUCGUUGAAUUAAUUAAGAGAGGUGGCGACAAAUUGACUAUGUUAGUAAUUUCAGUUGAUGAAAAUGAAAUCGACAGGUUUGAAUCUUUCGAGGAAAGCAUGUUAUGCAGCAGAUAUGAUUAUUCGGAGAGUCGUUCUCUGCCACUAACAAUCCCUACUUAUCACACAGUGAACGAUGGAAUAGAACGAUAUGUGGUUUAUAACAUAUACAUGGCCGGAAGACAUCUAGGUUCAAGAAGAUAUAGUGAAUUCGUCGAGUUAAAUUCGAUUCUAAGAAAGGAGUUUUGUGAUUUUUCAUUUCCAAAACUUCCCGGCAAAUGGCCAUUCAACCUUUCCAAACAACAACUGGACUCUAGGAGGAGAGGAUUAGAACAAUAUUUAGAGAAGAUUUGUUCUGUUCGAGUGAUUGUUGACUCGGAGAUAGUUCAGGAUUUCCUCAUGGAAUGUGAUCCUUUAUGUGAAGUUGAAGUUCGAGUUCUUCUUCCUGAUGGAACUUCUUUGAGUGUUAUGAUUCGCAGGAAUGCUUCUGCAAGCUAUUUAUACUCUAUUGUACAAAAAAAAUUGAACAUGAGUCGAGACGUCGCGGCGUCUUGUGCGCUUUUUGAAAUUUGUGAAAAUGGAUUCGAACGGAAAAUAGCGUCCGGAGAAUCUCCACAUGCCAUAUAUGUACAAAAUAAUACUUCUGCUUCUUCUUCUUGUAUUAUCCUACGCAAACUACUAUUUAAUAUUAACAUGGAAAAAGAAUUAUGUUCAAGGGAUCCCUUUUUCCUACUACUUACCUUCUACCAAGCAGUUUCCGAUCUCGCCCAGGAACGCAUCAAAUCUAACCAAAAAUUGUACCAACUUAAAUCAUUACAAAGUGAAAAAACAGCAUCUCAAUUCCUCGAAUUAGCUAGAACCUUCGAAGGUUACAAUGAAGUCCAGUUUCCCUCAUGUCCAUGCGUCAUCUCCAAAAGGGAAGGGAAAGUUAGUCUGAUUUGCCAACCCGACAUGCUAGUCAUAGCUUCUUGUGACGAUGACGGAGAGAAAACGAAAAUGCUAAUCGAGUGGGAGGAUGUUGUUCUUUAUCGUUUGCUGGACGACGCGACUACGUUUCUGAUCGAAUAUAAGCCUGCAGGAAAGAAAAAAGGAAAAAUAAUUCAACUGUUCAGCCCUUUCACUUUCUAUAUGGCUGAGUGUUUUACACAAAUACAGUUUGAACGGCAGGUAACAUCAGAUUGGAAUUCACACAUUCGUUUGAUGAGGGAUGCCGAAAUUAAAGACAGUAAGAGUAGUCACAGAAAAAGUCAAAGAAGGAAAGGCACAGUAGGUGCUGAAAGAUGUCCGGAGCUAAGCAGCAACUCUCCUGGGCCUGCUCCCGUUUCUAUGAGACAGCAAAUGGCUCUUCUACGGCAGCAAAUGACACAGAGUAAACUUCACCAAUCUACAUCAAAAGGAAGCGGCGAAACUAAUACAUCUAAAAAGACUAACUCAAGGGUUCAUAAAAAGAAUACAAGAGGCGAAACACCAUUGCAUAUAGCUGCUCGUAAAGGAGACCAGCAAAAAUGUCUUGAGCUGAUUCGAGAAGGUGCUGAUGUGAACAGUGCUGAUUACGCUGGAUGGACUCCGUUACAUGAAGCGUGUAACCACAACCAUGUCAUUAUUGCAACGAUACUUUUGAAGAAUGGUGCUCAUUGUAAUAAAGCCUCCGUUGACGGCGAGACGGCACUUCAUGAUGCAGCUGUUGGACAAGAUAUUGAAUUAUUAUGGUUGUUGUUAUCGUUUGGAGCGGACCAAGAAGCAAAAAACAGUCAGAACCAAACGCCGAUGGAUUUAGCUCCUGAAGAUAGUGAUGCUUAUAGGAUCUUAGAAUUGUAUGAUCGAGACGACCCUGAACAUAAUAGGGAUGUUUUCGAAAUAUUCAUAAGUCCCGUUAAAGCUGAAAAAGAAAGGAAUUCUCGAAGAGAAAUGCGAAAAAGGAGGAAACAGGAACUUGGAUACUAUCCCGAUGUCACGGGGGAGAAUAGACAAGUUGAUGUACCCUUAAACUCAAAAGAAUUGAAGAGAAUGAAGGCAGAAUCGGAUGAAGAUUAUGAGGAGGAGUUAGAGGAAAUAGUGAAGAAGAAACGCCUUCAAUCAUAUUACCAAGCCCGUAGAAAAGAAAAACUAGCCUUGAAAGUCAUAUGGCGAGCUGAGAACGCUGCUAUGGCGGCUGAAGCUGCUGCGGCCAUGAAGGUUCUUGAGGCGGCUGAAGCUGCUAAGAAAGCUGCUGAGGCUAAAGGUGCUAAGGCCGCUAAGGCUACUAAAGCUAAGGCUGCUAAGGCUGCUGAGGCUCAAGAAUCUCCUACACUCUCUGAUCCGCCUAGUAGUUCAACUAGAGUUCAACGUGCUAAAAAAGUUUCCGAACGUCAGCGUGAUUCAUCAAAAACGUCCAAAGUAUCCCCCUCUAAUCCUCUCAAAACAGACAAAACAGGAGAGCCUAGGACAAGAGAUAAACGCCUUAAGAGAGAGCUUGAAACGGAUGAAACACCAAGUUCGUUGAACGGGGUAGUAAAAGAAGAGACAAGUGAAGAUGAUGACGAUGUGAAGUCCGAGGAGGAGAACGAGAAUUAUGACAAACGUAGAAGAAGAAGACGUCACUCCAGCUCAGCAGAACAACUCAAUGCAACUCCUAGCAGAAAGGGACGGAAGUUUCAACCUACGGAUUCUAAAGAGAAGCGUAAGCUCGAUUACAAACACAAAUCGAAGGCUCGUAAAAAACAGUCAGAAGAGGAAGAAAAUCUUGUAGCGGAUAAUCAAUUACAAGGCGAGUCUAUGGCGAUCGAUAAGGUAGAGGAGAUUAGUCGUCGUAAUCCAAGCCAACCUUUCCACUCAACUAAAUCGCAUUCUUCGCCUCAACCCACUCGACAGCAAAUUAACGAUAAACGGCAGUCAUCAUCUCAUCGUUCUUCCGCAAAGCGGUCAUGCUUAUCGAAUGACAAUAUUGAAGUAAAGCACGAAUCGUCGGAUGAAGAUGAGUCGCCUUCUCAACGGAGGAAAAACAAGCGUCGAAACCGUGCUGGUACGUCCCCAGACGUGCAAUUAACAGAUACCCCUACAGUACGUAUACGACCGAACUAUUAUGAGAAACAAAGAUUAAGGACCCUCCGAAGAUCUUUACGUCCUCCGAGCAAACGUGAAAUCAAAUACAUUGAUCCUUUCGAUCACGCUGUUGGCAUCGUGGAUAGUUCCGGCCCAGAAGAAGAUGAUGAAUUUGUAGAAGUUCCCGUUUCAUUCCUACGUAGAGAAGUUAGUGCUGUUUCAUAUGAAGAAUCCCCUAGUCCUCGGAAGCCGAGGAAAAAAUAUUCAGAAAGUCGUCCUCGUAAAGAUCGAAAAGUUUCGAAAAUUAACAACUCUCCAACAUACAAUGAUAGGUAUCCUUCUACAUCUUCUGCAAUGUAUCUGAAACCUGGACCUUUGGGUUCCGAAGAUUUUUAUGCAAGACUUCCUCACCCUAACUCUUCUCCUCCUAUCUCAAAAAGCGAAAAACCAGGAUUAAGGGAAUUGGCUAUUCGUAGGGCAAAAGUAAUAGAUGAAACACAUAUUUGGGAGAAACGUCCAAGUGUUAUCCCACUUCCUGAUGUUACGUUUGAAGAAUACAUAUACCGCUGUUAUAUGAAAUUUGCCAGUUCUCCUGACCCUAAUGAAGAUCAGGAUGAUUCAAUUCAAGAAGAAUCACAGAAAGGGGAACACCUACAAGUUGCACAUGAAGAGGUUGUCCAUGAAGAAGCUUCACAUGAAGAAGUUCCACAUGAAGAAAGUGCUCAAGAAAAAAUUGUCCAUGAAGAAGUUUUACACGAAGAAGUCGUCCAUAAAGAAGCUGUUCUUGAAGAAACUGCUCAUGAAGAAGGUGUUUGUGAAGAAGCGGCUCAUGAAGAAACUGCUCACGAAGAAGUCGCUCAUGAAAAUAUCGUCCAUGAGGAAGUUUUUCAUGAAGAAAUCGUCCACGAAGAAGUCGUAAACGAAGAAGUUGUCAACGAAGAAAUCGUCCACCAAGAAGUCGUUCAUGAAGAAGUCGUCCAUGAAGAAGUUCUCCAUGAAGAAGUUCUUCAUGAAGAAGUUCUCCAUGAAAACAUCGUUCACGAAGAAGUUGUUCAUGAAGAAGGUGCUCAUCAAGAAGGUGUUCGUGAAGAAGUUGUUCAUAAGGAAAUCGUCCAUGAAGAAGUCGUCUAUGAAAAAGCUGCGCAUGAAGAAGUCGUCCACGAAGAAGUUGCACAGGAAGAAGUUGCACAGGAAGACGUUGCACAGGAAGACGUUGCACAGGAAGACGUUUCUCAUGAAGAAAUUUUGCAUGAAACAAUUGUUCACGAAGUUGCAGUACAAAACGUUGCAGAACAAGGUAUUGCAGAACAGGAUGGGGCAGUUGAAGACGUUGCGAAACAAGAACUGCCACUAGGAGAGGUCAAGCGUUAUGAAGUACUACAUCAAGAAGUUUCACAUCAGUUAGAACCACAUAAGGGAGCGCAAAAUGUUGUACGACAACAAGAUAUUCUGAAUGAAUUAAUUGUAAACCGAGGAGUUGUAGACCAAAAAAUGGAAGAUCGAGAAGCCAUACACCACGAGCAAGUAGUUCAGCAUUCAAUUCUCCAUAAUCUUGCAUUCCUAAACGCUUCUUCACAAGAAACUCCACAGUUUGGAACUCAAUAUGGGGGUGCCGUACACAAAGUGGCUUCUCAUGAGCCAGCUUCAGAUAAUGUUCAAAUGGAAAACGUUCCUGUGCAAGACACUGAAAUGUGCAUCACUGCUUGGCCUGGCACGUCAUCGGAAGGUGUUCAAGAACAUACGCACGGAAAAGCUACGCCUGUAGAACUAUCAUCACAAGAAGUCUCGUCUCAAGAAACUACAGCUCAACCUUCUACUCAACUAACCAUGCUAUUGGAAGCUUCAUGUAGAAACGCUUUAUCUCAGAGCACUGUAAUUCACGAUGGUUUUAAUCAUGAACCUUCAUGUCGAGAAGCGACAUCUGAACAUAUUUCGGUUGAUGGAGUUCCUCCUCGAAAUGAUACUGUUCCAAACUUUUCAUCUCAGAAUGCAUGUACAACAGAUCUAGCAUCUACAACUUCAGAGCAUUCUCUUAUUCAACCUUUCCCAACGAAUCUUGUUCCUCUUCAAAUCGAGCAUACCCAAAAUGCUGGUAUUGGAGAUGCUCUGCAUGACAUCAGAGAAGGUGUCAUGCCUAGUAAUGUUCCACCUGAUUCUGGAUUCAAUGUAUUGCCAUCUCAAGAUGUUUUUCUACAUAACGCUCCGAAUCAAGGAAUAUCACUCUCCAAUGUUCCAAUACAUUAUUUUUUGUCUUCAGUAACUUCCAAUCAUAACGUUCCAUCUUUGGAUGUUUUCUCGCAAGGUAAUUUCUCUCAGAACUUACAAAAUGUUUCCUCAGGAGAUGGCACAACAGAAUGCGUGUUGGGAAACUUAGCAUCAGAUACGUCAGAAUCGGUCAACAUUCCAUCAUAUAAUGAUAUUGGGUCAUCCAUUCCAAUUUACCCAUUGCCUCUCAUGAAUGAUUCUUGCUCUGAAUACCGAGAACUUCCAAAUAGUAAUGAUACUCAAGUUAUGGAGACAGAUGAAGGCUCUGCUUCUGCACUUACAAGCAGUAUGGAAGUAGAUCUUUCAAAUAAUACCGAAGGUCAACCUCUACCAAUCGAUGAUUCUCAGCUCGAAGAAGACGAAUUAGUUUCGAAGGAUUCAUUACCACCUGAAUUGUCGUACUGGCUUUCAGUUCAGCAAGCUUCGAAACAGAAUUCGCCAACAACGUCAUCUGUUUAUUAUUCUCCUACAGUUUCGACGAACUCUGAUGGGUCUAGCCAAACUGAAUCACUUUCAUCAAAAUCAUCCAAUCUUGCCGAUUCUGAUAAUGUUGAUUUAGAGGAAUAUCUUCUAGAUGACAUGCCCGAUCCCAACGACGCACCGGACGCUCAACGCAACACCUCACCACCGAACGGUGAAACGGGAGACGUUCUAUCAUUACUAUCUGCAAAGUCCCCUCCUUCUUUCUUUGAAAAUGUAUCGACCACUGAGAUAAUAGAGAAGAUUGACCAAUACACUUCAUUGGAUCCUGUCCUUUUAGAAGGUUUAAAAACUUUGGCUGAAGCAGAAUCCGAUUGUCAAAAUGCGGUUCCGAGUUCGUUCUCAGCUCCAAAUAGUCCUGAAACCUCAUCAGGUGUCGACGGGCUAAACAUUAUUUCUCAAGAUCCAGGAGAGCAGUCUACAUUGGAUUUAGUUCCGCCUAUGCCAGAAGAAGGUCCAUGCGAUCGAGAUUCAUCAAGUUCUAGUAGCACAGUUUCUCUGAGACUGUUGUCAGAAGACUUUGAAGACUAUCUAUCACAUUCAGGGCUUACUGAUUCUGCAGAAUCUUCGGACUCGAAAAAUGGUUCUACAGACGAUUCCAGCUUAGCAAAUGUUGAGAACUCCAGUGCGAUUCAUGACGGCUCUGAUAAUUCAGACAUAACAAUAGAUUAUACCGGAGCCAUCAGAUCUCAGGAGGUAACAGCUCGAGAUAUUCGGACAGCGUUGCUGAAUUCUGAAUUCUUUGUUGAUGCUUUAAUGAUAUAUCAUAGGCGUAUUGAUGAAGAAAUGACGUUGAGAAAUGUCGUCUACAUUGAGGAUCCAGAACCUGUAGGGAUAGAUGAUACUGAGGAAGAACCAAUCCCACCUGUCGGAUCUCCUAUUGAACACUACCAGCGUGAAUCAUCUUCCCCAGGUCAACAAGGAGAUUCUGAUGUCGAUUCUUCCAUUAAAUCUCUCAGUGAUGACAGCGAAGCAUCACCACGAAGUGCCUCACAGAAAAUCUCGAAGAAGACUUCCCUUUCGCCCCGAUCUCAUAAUAAUUCGGAUGAACUUUCUGAUUCAUCACAAGGAGAGUGUGAUGAUCCUACGUCUCCAUCAUCUCUGAGAGAAGAUCGUGCAGUAGAUUCUCCGUGUUAUGAAAAUACACACCAGGAUCUUGAUAUUUCACAGUUGGUUGAACCGAAGGUUGAAGAGCUUUCAGUGGAUGUAGAUAAUCUUACGUCAUCACCUAGAUCACCAAAAGAAGAACUUGUAAGAAGUAUGUCUCCUGACUAUCUAGAAGCGAACUCUGAUCAUUCCCCAAAAAGUCGGAGUGACGAGAACGAAGCAGAUUUAAAGCAACAAAGCGAUAUGGAAGAAGAAUACUCAGCUGGAUCGCCAAAUGACGAAGAUAAUGAACAUGUACUACCUUUACAGUAUUUAGAGGACGAGCUGCGUAAACUGAAAGCAGAGAACGAGCAGAAUAAAGCUUUUGAAAAUCUUUCACCCAUCCGUCCAUUAUGGGAGGAUGAGAAAUCACAGUCACCAGAUGAUGAAGAUCCAUCAGCGCUUCGAAAAUCUCGUGGAAGUUCUAACGAUUGUUCUUCUCCAAGUUCUACAUCAUCAAAAUCUUCGGAAGAUAAUUUUCAUAGGUCUUCGUUGGAAUUCAAUCAACCAAAGAGUUCAGAUGAUGAUUCUUCAGGUGAAUCUUUCUCGCCUGCAUCCUCCAAAAGAGAAAGGUCAUCAUCAGAAAGUAGCGCGAAAAGCUCAGUGUUAUCGAAUUCACCAGGAAGAGUCAUUGAAAACGAGGAUUCAUAUCGAUUAUCGCCUAAACCCUCACAAAGCUCUGACUCCGAUGAUCCUUCUACAAAGGUUGAAAACUCUCCUGAACAAUCAACAGGCGAUCGUUUAGAAGCUCUUUCCCCAGUUUGUUUACAGGAUGUUCAAGAUGCACAGUCUUCCAGCUCCGAGAGUAAGAAUUCAAACGACUCUUCUCUUUCUUCUGAUGUCUUUGAAGACGAAAACGCUGUAAAAUCUCCAACACCUGUACAUUCUGAGGCUGGUUCAUCUGACAAUGAUGGUCCUUCUGUUUGGAUUAAGGAGUGUGUAGUGGAGUCUGCAAUGUCCACUGAAUCGCAACAAGAAAAUCACGAUGGAAUUCCAGGCCAAGCGGAUAGGAUUUGUGAGCCAGUGCAAGUACCAGCGAUUAACAAAUUCAGUGAAGAUUUCUACAAAGACUACCUUCGAAGAAUACUCAUAGAAGAGCAGUUUCUGGGAAUAUCAACAUCCAACUCCGUGGACGAACAAUCGCCGACUAAUAAAGAAGAAGCGUUGAGAAAUUCGUCAAGUUCUUCAGAAAAUAAGUCCGAUAAGUCUCCUGACCUUGGCCGGUUACUGAAAAGUAUUUCAAUUCUUUCUAAAGCUUCUGAAAAACCAACUAAUAAUCGUGAUGUCCCCUGUGCAACAGAGCACGAGGUUUCUGAUUAUCCAUAUGCUCCCUUUAUUGACGUGGUAACUACUCGUUAUCAGAGAUAUAAUUGGGAUGAGAGAUCGGAUGAAACUAUAAAAGUUGCUCCUGCAUUCAGAAAAAGAUCUUAUAGUUGGAGUGAGCACGGCAUUCAUCAUUUCACUCAAGAUGCAUGGUUAUAUCCUAUCACAAGAUCUCUCUCAUUGGAUAAGGGAACAUGGUUUUAUACCGAAGCUAUAGCUUCUCUAACAACACCUCCAGUUGAUCAGUUUUUUCGAGAACAUUUUUGCGAAGAAAAUGAUGAAGAAGAAGAAGAGGAAAAAGAAGAAACUGGCGGAGAACUUCGAUUGAAAAAUGUGCCUGAAGCAGAUCCGAAAGAGCAUUCUGAAGAAGGGGCAGAGAUAGAGGACACCGAUCAAGAGCAAAUGGAAGUUGACGUUGCAGCAGGAAGAGAAGAACAGAUGGCUGAUAACGAAGAAUGUGAAAUGGAGGACGAGGAAAUGUCGGAUGAGAGUAGCACGAACGAUGAUGAUGAGGAAUCAGAGGAUAGCGAUCAAGAUCGUCUUAUAUCUACCACGAAUAACGAUAGGGACAAUGAGUUUUUGUAUUCUGAACCCGAACAUGGAAACCAUAAACCACGAGUAAGGUCGGAUAGACGUGCUGCAGAGUUCACUAUCGAACCCCAACAACUGACCACGGCUGAAAAGUUUCCAGAGUCGGAUCAUUAUAUUUGUGAUAUACAAAAAGAUGGAAGUGUACAAUCCGAGUCCGAUGACAACCGAUCAUAUACAGAGAGCGACAGAAGUUCGUUUUUCACUCGAUCAUGUCCUGAAAAUCACCCCUUCGAUAUUCAUAAAGCGUUGAGUUUUUCCUCGGAUUAUUCUGAUCCGUUCCGUUGCAUUCCACGUUUCGAAGAUCUGAGUGAUCCUGUGCUCAAGAAAUAUUCCUACUGUUUAGCGAAUUUGAUUUCUGACUUACAGAAAAAUUCUGAUCGUUACAUUGAGCUAGAGUACUUGAAAAGCACACGCUCAGAACCUAGUCUGCUUCGUUGUUCGAAAUAUUAUGCCCCGAUUCCAAGACGUCGUUCUUUUGGCACGAUUUCUGAAGUCCGACACAGGGCCCAGAUAGAACUGAAAGAUCAUUUUAGUCAUAUGAAGUAUUUUUCUUUCGGAAUGCCUAAGGGUUUCAUGGAGCACUACUCAGAAGAAUAUUAUAGUGAAGGAGAAUCAGAAUACACGAGUUAUGAAGAGAGCGACUCACAAGAAGUCUCACAAGAAAGUAGCCCAAGAUAUCAGGGAGUUCAGUUUGAUAGUUCGGCUUCCGAGCAGGAAGAUUUGGAUAAUGAAACUAAUGAAGAAGAUCUGAGCGAAGAUUGCAAUUAUGAAAAGGAGCUGAAUGAACAUCUAGCGGUUCAAGAGGAAGAGAAUGAUGACUUCAACCUCCAACGAGAAGAAGAAGACGUUUAUGAGGAAAAUGCCGAUAGCUCCGAUGAUAUGGAUGAACAAGAAGAUGAUGUUGGUUCAAGCAGUCCCCAAGAUGUGGAAGAAGAUCAAGAAAUGACUGAAGACGCUGAAGACGAUCAAGAAAUGCUACAUUAUGUAGAAGAAAGUCAAGAAAUGUCUGAAGAUGUAGAAGACAAUGAAGACUAUGAAGACAUGCCUGAAGAAAGAGAAGAUCAUGAAGAGCAGGUUCGAGAAGAUUUUGAACUUCAGGAAUCGGAUGAAGAGCUCCAAGAGGAUAUUUACGACCAUGAUUGUGAAGAGUGCUAUGAAGAACAAGUAUACCAUAACCAGUAUGACAACGAAGAACAUGUACCGGAGUAUGGAGUAAUGGAGCACAUUGAACAAGAUCAAGAAUUUUCCGAAGAGUACAAUGAAGAUGAUGACCAACUCGAAGAACGGAGUAGCUCAGAAUCCGAUCAAGUAGAUGAUGAGGAAGAUGGUGAUUAUGACGUUCAACACCAAGAAUCACAAGAUCCAGAGGCUUACGUUGAUGAAGAUUGUGACGAUAAUGAGAAAGGCUAUACUGAGGAGUAUGAAGAGUGUGAUGAUGACGAAGAUCAAGAAUAUGUUGAUGGUCAUGAUUCCAUACAUUAUCAAAACGAGCACGAUCAGGAAUAUCAUGCCGAGCACGAUCAAGAGAGUGAUGGGGAAGGUGAUCGAGAUUAUCAUAGCGGAGAAGAUCAGAAUGAUAAUGAGCAGGAGUAUGGAUACGAUGAUGAUGAUCAAGAGUAUGAAUACGAUGAUGAAGAUCAAGAACACCCCUCGGAAGGAGUAGACGAUCAUCAUCGUAUGGACGAUCAGCACUAUCCAGAAGAAUACUAUCCAGAAAGUCAUACCGAGCAAUAUCAAGAGAAUCUCAAUGAAAGUGUUGAGGAGGAUUGUUAUAACGAUAAUGAAGGCUACUGUGAUAGAGAAGAAGUAGAACAUCCUGAAAACGAUUCACAUGCAUAUCAUCAUGAGGAGCUUCACCAUUAUGAUCAAAAUGAAGACGAGUAUGCUGAUCAGGUACAUUAUUAUGAAGAUCAGGCCCAAGAUGCUGAGGACGAAACGAAUUCUUCACAGAGUAAUGAGGAGGAUCAAGACUGUUGCGAUCAGCACGACGAAGAAAAUCUUGAAGACCAGGAUGAUGACGACUCUCAGCAAAUUCACGAGUUUAACGAUGAACAUCAUUUUAAGUCAUAUGAAGAGCCGCAAGAAAUGUCUCACGAAGAACGAGAUUGUGUUAUUGAUGGUGUAUACGAGCACACUUCUAAGGAUGAGCUAGAACAUCCGUCAGAGAGCGAGCAAGAUUUUGGCGAACCGGCAAAGCAUGACGAUGAAACUUUUGUUCAGUCAGUUCACAUGCUACGUCAGGAAAAAAUUCCGGAACGUCGUAUCACGUACAGCCAAAAGUACGACCCGGCGCAUGAUCCGAAUGUUUAUGCUGAGCAUGCUGAACGAUUUCAUCAAGAAGAACCUCAUAAGCGUGACGAAUCUUCUGAGCAUAGUGAGGACUCCGAUGAAGAAAGUGUUCAGGAAUACGAUGAAAAGUAUCAUCAUGAAGAGCGUGAUCAAGAAAAUUACGAAGAAGAAGAAGAAUGUGAUGCAGCAACAACUAAAGAGGAGGAUGAACGAAAGGUCAACGGAUACCAAGCUGAUGCUCUCAAUCGAGAAUACCUCGAGAGAUAUCAGAGAGAACAGGAAGAAUAUUACGAUUCUGAUUAUGAUGAAGACCGCGUUAGGAAGUGGGUUGAAGCGCUUCAUGGAGAGUAUGACGAAGAUCACGAUGAAAGAUACAUUCAAGAGUAUUAUCGAGAAAAUGCGAUGGGACAUAAUCAAGAAUACCCUGAAGAUUCCCCUCCACCAUGUGGAACAGAUGAGUACGAAAACCAAGAGCAGCAAGGUGUUCAUGACCAAUCAGAGGAAGCUGUUAGCAAUAAUCCACAUGUUGAAUAUCACCAACAGUACGAGGUAGAAGCUAGUGUGGAGGAGGACUAUAAAGAGUCGGAAGAGGAGCAUCUCGAACCUGUAUAUCAGCAAGAGGACGAUGUGGAGAUGAAAGACAACUUCGAAGAAAACAGCAAUGAAUAUAUCGAUUAUCAGGUCUACGAAGAGAAGAGCUCAUAUGUUCCCAAAGAAGAGUAUCAUUAUGAAAUUCAAAAUGUCAAGGAAGGUCUAUCAGAGAGCCCCUCAACAUCUGAUGACGAUAACAGUGACAGUGAAUCUUGUGAGCCUGAAAGUGAAUGCGAAGAAGAGGAUGUUUGCUCUGAUGAUGGUGAUCCAGAUUCGGCUGAUUCUUCUGUUAUGAAUCUUGGAGAUGUCAUUAGUGAAAUUGUAAUAGACAAGUUUGCUGAGAGCUCACAUCUGGAGGACAUGGAAGUCGAUACGAAUGACGAUGAAAUAAAGAUGGAAUGCCAUUAUACAGAGGAUAUCGCUCAUAUUGAAAAAGAAAACAACUCACUCUCAGAAAUAGAACAAAAUGCUAACACGGAGGAGGACGUUAAGUUCGACGUUUCUAACAUGAUUAACAACAAUAGUAAUGAACUGAAUGUCUCUCCCGGAACCUCCACUAUGGAAGAACAAAUGAAAAAAGAACAAGACAAGCUAUCUCCUACUGAGGAGUUCUCUCUCGAUGGUAAACAACUACUGCCGCACGGGCAAUUCAAUACGGGUCAAUCUAUUAACGAUAACAACAUUGAUGCAGUAGCCAAAGUACCAGAAAGAGAGGAAGAGCCCCAGUCUAGAGAAGAUACCACAACUGUGGAUGUUUAUGAAUUCCAGGCCAGUCCAGUUUCCGUUGAAAUCGGUGGUUUCGACGACGACGAAGAUAUAAAACAGCCGUUAAAGAUCAUUAACAAGCCAUCAGAAGAAGAGUUGGAUUCACAGAAGCCUGGAACAAGUGAAGAUCAAGCCGUGCUGGACGAUGAUGACAUGGAAGACACAGAUGAUUCCGAUGUUAUUAUCAUCCCACCAGAGAUAGUGACGCAUGAAAGCUAUCCUCAUCAGUCUAUGGACAAAAAAGUUCCACCUCUGCGUAUUAUGAUACCGAAAAGCCCAUUCGAAAAUGAACUGUUAGACCACGAUGCCUUAGGCGUUUUAUUGCGCUCUAAAUCUCGUAUGAGACAUCUCUUACUAGCAAAAAUCAACCAGUUAGAAGAUGCUCAAGGCCUGCCGCGUAGUGCGUUGGAUAAAGAAGAUCCGUGUUACGAUACCCAAAGAGAUCCGCAUCCUUGGACAAGGCUGCGUUGUAUGGAAAGUUCAGAUGAUGAAGACGGUUGUUAUGGAGAGAGCCCCACCAUGGAUGAAGAUUCGAUAGACGAGGAAGAGGAAGAAAAUGAAGAUAUCAAUGAUAAUGAAGAUGAUGAUGGAGAUGGAGAUCAAAAUGGAAAUGGUGAUGAAGAUGAAGAUGAAGGAGAAGCUCCAGCUCGAGAAUCCCGUCAAAUCGUCAGAAAAGAAGAAGCUAUGGACGCAAUAGAUGGAGGAGAACUCAGUUACGAAGAUGAUGAAGAAGACCAAGAAGAGCGAAUCGAAGUUGAAGUCGAAACAGAAGAUGAUGAUAGUGAUGAUAGCGAUGAUAGUGAUGGUAGCGAUGAUAGCGAUGAUAGCGAUGAUAGCGAUGAUAGCGAUGACAGCGAUAACAGCGAUGACAGCGGAGACAGCGAAGACAGCGAAGACAGCGAUGGCAACGAUGAUAGCGAUGAUAGCGACGAUGAAGAUGACGACGAUGAAGAUGACGACGAUGAUGACGAUGACGAUGACGAUGCCGACGAAAACGACGGAGGCGACGGCAACGGCAGCGACGAUGGCAAUGACAGCAAAGGUGGCAACGAUAGCAACGACAGCAACGACAGCAACGACGGCAACGACGGCUACGACGAAGAUAUCGAGAGUGUCGAGAAUGUUGAAAUUGUUGAAAAUAAUGAGAAUGAUAAGGAUGACGAUGAUGACGAUGAUGAAGUUGCUGAAGUUGCUGAAGAUGAUGAAGAUGAUGAAAACGGUGAAGACGGUGAAGACGAUAGAGACGAUGGAGACGAUGGAGACGAUGGAGAUGAUGAAGAUGAAGAAGAUGAAGAGGAUGAAGAAAAACCAGAAGUACAAGAACAAGAUCAAGAAGAGGAAGAACAAGAAGGAAUAGAUGGUUUAUAUGAAGAAGUCGAAAAAGUUGUAGAAGUCAUAGAAGUCGCAGAAGGCGCAGAAGUAGCUGAAGUCGCAGAAGACGUAGAAGUCGCUGAAGUCGCUGAAGUCCCAGAUGUCGCAGAAUCAGCAAAAUUAUCAGAAUCAUCAGAACUAGCUGGAGUCUCGGAAGCUGUCAUAAUCGAAGAAACCGUUCAAGUCGUAGAAGCCGAAAUGGAAGGAGAUAUAGAAGCUGAAGAUGAGAAAAUCACAACCGCAGAAACAAUGGAUAAGAACUCAAGCGCAGAGCCAGUAUCUGAUACUGAAUCAUUCCAAGCAGAAUUUGAUGAAAACGACGAGAAGGAAAUGGUACAAACGGAGAUAGAAGAUUAUAUUGACGAAGAAGAAGAAGAUUCCAUGAAAGAACAGUUUACGGAAGAACAUGUCAAUGGUGACGGAGAUAUAGUUGUAUCGGUAAACGACUACUUCUUGGAUGAACUAGGGUACGCCCUCGAUGAUAAUCUUGAUCCUGAUGAGUUCAUGGAAGACCCAGAUAAAGAUAUGUUCGUACUGCGUGAAUUGAUCAGUCAACGCUGGGCAGAAGAAUGUGAAAGAGAUUUCGAGAGCCAACAGCUGUUCGAUUAUGAUGAGUACAGAAGUCUUGAUAUAUUCCGUCCCGAUUGUGAAUUGGGAUUAUGCAACUACAAGUUGAUGAAGUAUCGAGAAGGUCCUGCACCAUCAUUUCUACCUCCUAAGCUGUUGGAAUUAUGGAAUUUCCAGAUCCAAGAAAGAAGAGAGCUGGCUGUAUCUAUUUUGGUUGAAAGGUGUCGUUUGAAGCUGUUUUGUGAGCAUGAGCUGAUGAGGAUGGAGCAAAGACAAAGCGGCAUGAGUACAGUUAUAACCGCGAUGCGGGUGAUGCACGACAGAGAAGUGUGCAAUCCUCUCAUUUUGGAAAAGGAUAACAACGAGUUGGAUUAUGAUGAGGAUCAGUUUGUAGAUAAGAUAGCAGAGAAGUUGGUCUCAAUGAAUAAGAGACAUAGAAUGAAAGUGGAGGCCCUUCAUGAACAUCAGAAGGCACUUUUUAAAAUGGAACUACUAACCAACUGUGGUUCAACCGCUGCAGGUCAUCACACCGAGGUACCUGCAGCAAACCUCGACGAGUUUCAAAUAUCAUUUUCUUAG